CGGCGAUCCAUUCGCCUUGGUAACCGUACGUGAAGUAGUUGUAUGCAUAGGCUUGCCGGCUCUAGGGACUCGUUGUAGUGGGCGCGGUCCCUGACCCGGCCCUGUCGAGGGCGGUGCCAUUGAUGCCACGCCCCCGCGUCCUCUCCGUAGCCAGAGACUCGCCGGAAAACAGUGAGCUUGCCUGAGCUAGGAGGGGUAUGGUCGUUGUCUUGCGUCUUCCGGCUUCUACAGCCACUUCCCACGGAAGUCGGGGGAGCCGCCCUCUCGACUAUCUUCCGUCACACACUUCUGUUCUCUCACCUCAGACGCUGCUGGUCCUCAGUCGCGCUCUGGUUCGCGCCUACUUAGGGGCCCUGUCCCCCACGCUACUCACUGCCCUUUCCCCUCCCACCCAUCUAAAAUGUCUAGUAGCCUCCAGAGCGUCUUUCUGAAAACCGCAGAGGAAAAGUCAGGCUCGCACUGUAUUUCAGGGUGCAUGUACCAAGUAGUUCCUACGAUUGGCACCGAUGGAAAAAAACUUCUGCAAUUACUUCCAAUUCCUAAAUCUUCUGGAAAUCUUAUCCCAGUAGUUCAAUCUCCAGUCAUGUCUCAUGGUUUGAAAGCAAAUACUGAAAAACAAUUUCAAGUUACUUUUCAAACUCAGAUUUCCAGCUCUCCCACAAGUGCAUCAGUUCAAUUGCCUGUUUUUCAGCCAGCCAAUACUACAAAAUGUUUUCUUACAGGAGCAGUAGAUACAUCAGGAAAAGAUAGAGUUACUUCUGUGGGGACUGGAAAUUUUAUACCACCAAUUUCUAACAUUCAGAAUCAUGGUGUGAACAUUCAUACACUCACCAGGCAAACACUUACUACUACUCCCUCAACACAAAAUGAUUCAUCUUAUUUUAUAGUCAAUACCCCAAGUCUCCCAGCAAAUGUGAAUUCUUCAAUUUUGCCUUUUGGGCAAAAGAUUCCACCCCAUGCUAAAGUGAAAUCUGUACUUGCAUCAUCCUUUCCUCCUUUGGUUCAGCAAAAGAUACUUGGAACUGCAACCACAAGUACCUCCCAAAUACCAACAGCUAUUUAUGUACCUGCUAUAAAUUCAGUGAACGUUUUUGUUACCAAGAAAACUCAGAAUAUUUACCCGAUACCAGCGACAUUCAAUACCUCACAAAUUCCACCAAAUGUUGCUACAAAAACACUGUUAAAAGGUGGUCAUCAUCCUCAAGCUGCUCCAGUCAACUCGAUUUUUCAAGAGUGUCUACAGCCUGGAAUUCCAUGUCUUGUUCCUGUUAAGUCUUCAAAUAAUGUGGCUACAAAGGUUUUAAACACUUUUAUAGGUAGGAAAAAUCUGGGAAAUAAUACAAUAGAUACACCUCUGUUGAGUACCAACAGUUCUAGCAAGACACAGUCUGUAAGUGUGCCUAUUAAAGAUGAUGCUUUGAUAAUGUUUAAUGGGAAAGUCUGGUUGAAUAAAAAGGGGACAUACGGUCUGCCAUCAAAAAUUGAUCAGCACAAUUCUGUUUCUUCUGAUAUUCCACUAAAAGAUUCAUCACAGGUAGGAAGUUCAAGUCUGGUUGCAGAAAUAUCCAGAGAGGUUUUAAAUAGCGUUUUGGUUAAAAGUAAAUCUUUUCAAUUGAAGACAAAAUCACUUUCAAAUUCCCAAUUUGCUUCCAUGGCCAAUCUAAGAGCAGAGAAGAAUGAAAAAGUGGAGAGACCACCUUUUUAUGUCAUAAAUCCACAUACUCUGAACCAGCCCACUCACUGCCUUAAACAGAGUAAGACUGUAUUUAUAAACCCAGCUUUUCCAGAUGGAUUUAGGACAGGACAGAAUGCCCCCAGAAAAGGAAAUCUCGUCCAGAACAUAGAGAAAGUAUGCUCCUCUGUUGAUGCAGCAACUGUAACUUCUCAGCAGUGUGUUUUCAGAGACCAAGAAUCACAGACCCAGUAUGAGAUGGCAUCAAUAUUAAAAAAAGAAAUUCAAGAAAGAAGUAACAAGAAAUACUCUCAAGGAAGCCAUACUAAUACUAAGGCAUCAUAUCUGAAGAAUGAUGCUGAAUUUAAAAAGCUAUUUGGUCUCACUAAAGAUUUGAGAGUUUGUCUUACUCGCAUUCCUGACCAUCUGGACUCUGGAAAAGCUUUUAAUUCUUUUAACAGUUUGGUGAAAAGUAGUUCUUACAAAGAUGCAAACUUUAUGGUGAAGGAAGAAGAAACAAAACAGAGUUUCUCUAAGAAAAGAAAAGCAAAAACCAUGAAGAAGAUGCAUUACACAAAAAAAAGAAAGAUUGAAAAUGCUGAUGACCCAGUCAUGAAUGUCAUGAAUGGAACUGAUGCUGCUAGUUCCCAACUCCUUAGUAGUAUUUUACCAACAUCAGACAUAUCACAACAUGACAUUGUCACAAGCCAUAAUACAACCAGGGAAGACAAGAGAACUGAGGCAGAACACUGUUCUCAUGACAAGCAGGAAAAGGACACAUUAAGUUCAAGCACAUCUUUUGAAGAAAGUACUUAUUUUAAUAAAAACUUUACUGAAGAUAUUUUUCCAGUGACACCACCAGAACUAGAAGAAACCAUCAGAGAUGAAAAAAUAAGAAGACUUAAGCAAAUUCUAAGAGAAAAAGAAGCAGCUCUUGAAGAAUUGCGUAAGAAGAUGCACGAAAAACAAUAAAAUGUCUAUGGGUUAAAGACUUACAUUAAUUCGCCCUUACCUGUAAGGAAUCCCUAGUGGAUGCCUGAAACUGGAGAUGAUACCAAAUCUUGUAUAAAACCACUGUAGAGUCAUGACGUUUGUUAACAACUAAAUGUCUACUUAGAUAUAACAGGCAAGUAUACUGAAUGAAGAGGAUGAUCGAUAGCCUCAAGAGAACACUGGAAUUUUUGUCACACUACUCAGAAAGAUAAUUUAAAAGUUAUAGAUUCAUUCUUUGUCGAGUUUCUCAUCUAUACUUAGACAUCUGUGCAUGAUGGGGAACUAAAGACAAAAGCAACUAACUGCAAGUUAUAAGGGACUACUCUUACUUGUAAAGGCGCUCUGAAAGUGUCUUUGUAUAUGAAAUUUGAGUUCUAGAAAGGACUGAGUCAUGAUUUGUCAAUAGCCUACAUGAAGUAUUUUGACUUACUUGUUCUGGAAGAAAAGUUUGGAUAUUUUUCUGUGAAAUGCAAUUCUCCAGAUUUGAGCAUUUUGUACAGGGUUUCUGUUAAUGUUUUCAACUAAAUUCCUCAGGUCUUACCCUAAGAAUGUUGUGUAUAAACUCUACAAGCCCAGAUAUGAAGUCAGCUGUUAGCAUAACUUUACCAUUGAGUUUGUAUGUGGACUGUCUUGGUCUUAUUAAUCAUAAAAAUGAUACGAUCUAUUUGAUAUUGUUAUUUUUAUUUCAUCAAAUAAAAUCUAUUAUAAUAAAUGUAUUCAAAUAUUUUUCGA